ACAAACAAACUUAUCAACAUGAAAUUCGCCAUUGUUUUCGUUGCCCUUUUCGGUUUGGCUUUGGCCGCCCCAGCUGAAGAAGCUUCAAUCGUCCGCUCAAUCAGCAAUGUCAAUGCUGAUGGAUACCAAUUCGCUGUUGAGACCAGUGAUGGCAAAGCUCACUCCGAAGAAGGUCAAAUUAAGAACCCUGGAUCUGAAGAUGAAGCUAUUUCCGUCAAGGGACAAUACAGCUACAUUGGUGAUGAUGGUGUCACUUACUCUGUCAGCUACAUCGCCGAUGAGAACGGUUUCCAACCCCAAGGUGCUCAUUUGCCAGUUGCCCCAAUUGCCUAA